UGGGUCCCUUACGCGGGGGCUGCUGAGAAUGAGUUUCAAGGUUGCAUUCAGGAUGUCAAGCCCCGGGGCAGAAGGUAAAUGGCAAGUGAUAUUAAACUCCCUUUGGGCCCACGUUCGCCUACAGGCCCCUUUAAUUUCUUUCAAACGCUUGGACUAGGCGUCUAGAACUUGGAGGACCUGAAUCUGAUGGUCGUGCAGGUCCACGUUAGGUGUGGACGGCAGGCCUGGAGCUCAGCAGCGUACAGGGGUCUGAGGUCAAGGCCGCAUUUAGUAGAGACUUGAUGAGUGUUUCACAGACGGGUGAAUGGGCACCGGGACCUGCAGGAGAGUACGGGGUGGAGCUGAGGCUGGAAACAGUCCUCUGCUGCCCGGAAGUGCUCAGUAAACACUCGUUAAUCAUUUCCUGCCUGGCAAGCCCUGCGGUGUGCCCAGGAGAGCCCUGUUCGUGUGGGGGAGGGGUGCUCGUCGCUCCGAUGGCCGACCUCCUGCCCGCCGGGCUCUCUGGGAGCUGGGGUGGUGGCACCAACCUGCGGAGGCGGGCAGCCAGGGCGUCAGCAAGGGGAACCUGUUGCCAGGCGGCCUCGGCUUUACUGAGCUAAACAGAAACAUGUGACGCACCCUGUGGCGGCCACCCAGGGACUCUGGGACGCUGGGGGCCUGACUCGGACACGUACCCACGUACCUCCUCCCCUCCCCCCCGUCUUCAAGGAAAGGGCUGCCCUCCCUGGGGGCAGUGAGGGCCCUUCUGCGGCGCCGACUCUGGGCUCUUUGCUUUGACUUGGCUGUUUCUCUGCAUGCAGAUUGUGUGCGCAGGUGACUUGACAUCUGCAGCCAUCGAGGUUAAGGGGACUGAGGCCCCAGGACACUUUUCAACAGUAACUGUGACCAGUCCAAGUGGUCAGAGUCAGUGGAAUUCCCAAGGAGACGGGGCCGGGAAGACUUCAUCUGAGGGGCUCACUCCUGGGACGAGCUAUCCAGUCAGCUUUUCAGACGCCUCUUCUACCUGCUGUCAAGUGCAAACAGAACCCAGUCCUACGUCUGUCACUGAAGCUGUUUCCAUCGGUCCAUCCAGUGAGACCUCAACUUGGAAAAACAACAACAUAACUGCUUCUAACAAUGGUGAGCUGCUUACAACAAAGAGUGAGAUAGAAAACAGCCCGAUGACUCUUGUUGCAAGUCCAACAGGAGAUAACAUCACAGAUUUCAGUCCAACAACUCCACAUCCACACUCUAUCACUACAGAAUUAGUCAGCAAGCCUACUGGAGAGCCUGCAGACAGAGCUGUUAUAACAGAUCCUCAUCCAGUGUCAGAUCUGUGCGUUGCUUUCGUGGGUGUGACGCAAGUUACUCUCACCUGGAGGAAUGGUAAUGACACUGCCACCUGCCGGAUGCUCCUUGAACUCACUGGCAGCCCUAAAGAGAUGACUCAAGACUUAGCAGUCAAUAUUUCAGACCUGAAGCCAGGGAUUCAAUACAAGGUCACCUUGUAUUUUCCAGAAUCAAAUGAGGCACAGAGAGACCUCCUGGUUACAGAAAGUAGCUUGGGUACCAACACCGCAGACAGCUACCCUCAGCCACCCAGAAGCCCCAGUGCCCCUGUGAUCAACGAUCACCCAGAAUCUUCAAACUCAUCCUCUGAUGGUCGUGUGACCCGAGACACGGAAGUCCUGCUUUUGGGGUUAAAGUCUGACACACAAUACAACGCCACUGUUUAUUGUCGAGCAGAAGGUGGCACUGAGGGACAGCCCCAGACCAUCAAAUUCAAGACAAACUCCAGUCAGGUUUUUGACAUCCAAGUUGUGAACAUCAGUGCCACAAACAUGACCCUGACCUGGAAAAUCAACGAUAAUGAGUCAUCCUCUGUCUAUAUGUAUGAGAUACAAGUUGCUACGGAGACCAGUGUCCUCAAUGUCACCGUCAAUGAGACUCGUGCCCUCAUCAGUCAGCUCAGCCCUAGUACCUUAUACAACAUCACCGUGCGUCCUUUCCUUGGCAAUUGUUCUAAGGGCAUGCCAGGCUUUCUCCAAGUGUACACCCCCCCUGGACCAGUUUCCGACUUUCAAGUGACGAGCAUCAGCAUGUGGGAGAUUGGCUUAGCUUGGAGCAGCAACGACUCAGAUUCCUUUGAGAUACAUACCAUAUGGGUUCCAGCUGGAAUACAUUCGGUAGAAACCACCACCAACCAGAGUAUUGUCAUUGGUGGCUUAUACCCUGGAACUGAGUAUUGCUUUGAAAUAUUUCCACAAGGACCAAAUGGGACGAAAGGGGAUUCCCAGACAAUUUGCAGUAGAACUGCCCCCGGUGCAGUGUUUGACAUCCGUGUGAUCCAUGUCAACACGACGGAAAUGCAGCUGGAGUGGCGGAAUACGGACAAUGCUUCUAAGUAUACCUACCAUCUAGUCAUACAGUCUGAGAACGGCUCUUGUGAGAGGAACAGUUCCUACAGAGCAGUCACUCUCCGGGACCUGAUCCCGGGCACCUUAUAUAACAUCACGAUCUCUCCAGAAGUGAACCAUGUUCGUGGGAUCUCCAGCUUCACAGAACAGUACACACGGCCCAGCACUGUGUCUGACAUUGAAAUAAGUACCAACACCACAGCAGCAACCUUAAAGUGGCAGAACUCUGACGAAGCCUCUCCCAGGUACACCUACCGCCUUCUUAUUGGGAAAGAUGGAAAUUCCAGCCACACGGCAGUCACAGUCACUGGCGUCACCUCUGCUACAGUCACCGGAUUAAUACCUGGCUCAUCGUACACAGUGGAGAUCUUCACACAAGUGGGGGAUGUCACCGAGUCACUGGCACCUGGCUCGCAGUCCUUCUGUACAGAUCCUGCACCAGUAGCCUCCUUCCACUGUGAGGUCGUCCCCAAAGAGCCGACCUUGGUUCUCAAGUGGGCCUGCCCUCCCGGCACUAACGCAGGCUUCAGGCUGGAGAUCAGCUGUGAGGCCUGGCAAAAUCUGACAUACCGCAAGAGCUGCUCCUCGGAGAACAACACCGAGUACAGGACGGAAGUCACGUAUUUGAAUUUUUCUACCUCGUACAACAUCAGCAUCACUGCCUUGUCCUGUAACAAGACGGCACCCCCCUCCCAAAGCACGUGCCUCACUGGCAUCACAGACCCCCCUUCUCCAGAUGGAUCCCCUAAUAUUACAUCUGUCAGUCACAAUUCAGUCAAGGUCAAGUUCAGUGGGUUUGAAGCCAGCCAUGGACCCAUCAAAGCCUACGCUCUCGUUCUCACCACUGGGGAAGCUGUUCACCCGUCUACAGAUGCUUUGAGAUAUACGUAUGAAGAUUUCAAAAAGGGGGACUCAGACGCUUACGUGACAUACCUCAUAACAACAGAAGGAAAGAGACGCUCUCAGGGCUUGUCUGAAGUCUUGAAAUACGAAGUUGAUGUUGGGAAUGAGUCAACCACGCAUGGCUAUUACAACGGGAAGCUGGAACCCCUGGGCUCCUAUCGGGCUUGUGUGGCUGGCUUCACCAAUAUUAUCUUUCGCUCUUCCAAUGACGGACUCAUAGACGGGGCCAAGAGCUACGUGUCCUUCGGUCGCUGUUCAGAUGCUGUUUUCUUGCCCCAGGAUCCAGGUGUCAUCUGUGGAGCGGUUUUUGGAUGUAUCUUCGGUGCCCUGGUUAUUGUGGCCGUGGGAGGCUUCAUCUUCUGGAGAAAGAAAAGGAAAGAUGCAAAGAACAAUGAACUGUCCUUUUCUCAAAUAAAACCUAGAAAAUCCAAGUUAAUCAAAGUGGAGAAUUUUGAGGCCUACUUUAAGAAACAGCAAGCCGACUCCAACUGUGGAUUUGCAGAGGAAUACGAAGAUCUGAAGAUUGUUGGAAUUAAUCUACCCAAAUAUGCAGCUGAACUGGCUGAGAAUAGAGGAAAGAAUCGCUAUAAUAAUGUUCUGCCCUAUGACAUUUCCCGUGUCAAGCUUUCAAUCCAGACCCAUUCAACUGAUGAUUACAUCAAUGCCAACUACAUGCCCGGCUACCAUUCCAAGAGAGAUUUUAUUGCCACACAAGGACCUUUACCCAACACCUUGAAAGACUUUUGGCGUAUGGUUUGGGAGAAAAACAUAUAUGCCAUUGUUAUGUUGACCAAAUGUGUUGAACAGGGAAGGACCAAAUGUGAGGAGUACUGGCCCUCCAAGCAGGCUCAGGACUAUGGGGACAUAACUGUGGCAAUGACGUCAGAAAGCGUUCUCCCGGAAUGGACCAUCAGAGACUUCACAGUGAAAAAUAUCCAGACAAGUGAGAGUCACCCUCUGCGACAGUUCCAUUUCACCUCUUGGCCGGACCACGGCGUUCCUGACACCACUGACCUGCUCAUCAACUUUCGGUACCUUGUUCGUGACUACAUGAAGCAGAGUCCUCCCGAAUCGCCAGUUCUGGUGCAUUGCAGUGCCGGGGUUGGAAGGACGGGCACUUUCAUUGCCAUUGAUCGUCUUAUCUAUCAGAUAGAGAAUGAGAACACUGUGGAUGUGUACGGGAUUGUGUAUGAUCUUCGAAUGCACAGGCCUUUAAUGGUGCAAACAGAGGACCAGUAUGUUUUCCUCAAUCAGUGUGUUUUGGACAUUAUCAGAUCCCAGAGGGACUCAAAAGUAGAUCUCAUCUACCAGAACACAAACGCAAUGACAAUCUAUGAAAACAUUGCCCCAGUGAGCACGUUUGGGAAGACAAAUGGUUACAUCGCCUAAUUCCAAAGGAAAACCUUUCUGGAGUUAACCAGAACAUCACACCCACAGCAAAGGAAAAUGCCCCGAUGUUGACAUGUUUUUAUAUGUCUAAUAACUUAAUUCUUUGUUCUGUUUUGUUAGAACUAACUUGAGGGCGUGAAGCUGCACACGUAAAACAUGACCGAUGAGAAGUUGGGGCUGUCGGGGGCUGUGGAUGGGUGGUGAGCACAUCAACUGUAUUCCUGAUUACCAAUGGGAUGAGUUCACUUUUUGUUUUUUCUUAAGAAUUACAGAACACCAGGAAAAGUGAGCUGUGAUUUUCUUUUUUUUUCAAAAUAGAUUCUUUUUUUAAAAAAAGACUAUUUUAUAUGAUUCACAUGCUAAAGCCAGGAUUGUGUUGGGUUGAAUAUAUUUUAAGUAUCAGAGGUCUAUUUUUACCUACUGUAUCUUGGGAUCUAGCUGAUGGAAAGUACAUAAUUGUGGAUGAUGAUCAUGUAGGGAGGGGUACGUGGUGCCUCUUCUGCUUGGGUUUUCUAUUUGAACAUGUGCCUUUUCUGAAUUAUGCUUCCACAGGCAAAACUCAGUAGAUAUCUAUAUUUUUGUAUUGAAUCUCAUAAUUGGAAUAUACAAAAUAUUUAAACAGUAGCUUAGUAUCAGAGGUUCAGCCUUCUCAGUAACAUUCCUGUUGAUCAGAGGAGGCCCUUGCCCCACUUCCCACACCCCCAUUUUGUGCUUUAUUCUCUUUCCUUUCCCUCCCAGUUUUCCCCAAAGACACCUCUGUUGGCUACAUUUUCAGCCCCUUGGUUGAGUGAGCGUGGGAACUAAAUAUCACCCUGAGAAUCUCUGGGGGGGGCGAAGCAGAGGGACCCUAUAGUGAUGUAAUGUCCAUUUCUUCUCCCUGCGUUGUUUUUUUUCUCAAUUCUGUAUUUGUUAAGAAGGAUUAUUUAAAGGUGCAAUAUGUGACUUAGUGAUUCAUGAGGCUCUAGGUUUUUAGUAACGUUUUACUCAGGUUGGCAAUUUAUGUGUCUGUGUGUCAGUGUAUAUGUGUGUGUGUUUUUAAAAGUGUGGCGAUCUGUGAACACUUCAGUGUGAAAACAGUGUCAAAUCAAUUCCUCCUUCCUCGAAGUCCACUGGCUUUAGUUUGUAUCUGCAGUGACACAUAUUGGUAUCUACUGUAUAAAUAUAUACUAAACUCUUAAAACAGUCAUUCCUUUGAAUUGAGGUGUACAAAGUUUGAAUUUGUAUCAAAGGUGUAAUUAUUAUUUUUAAAACCUCUUUUCACUAUACUGCUGCUGUAAUUACUUUGAUUUUUUUAAUGUAGAUUAAUUUUUUUUUUUUUUGCUUCAGGUGUGUAUCCACCAAGAAUUUCAGAAUUUAUGUGGAUUUAUUUUAUUGGUACAUAAUCUGUCAACUUCUCAAGGCAUUAACAUGAAAGGAUUUGUUUCUUUUUAUUUUAUAUUGUGGCUCAGGUUAUAUUUUGAAGAAGUUUGAGUUUUCCUCCAAUAGGAAUGAAGUAUACAAGGUUUUAUGAAGGAAUUACGAAGUCCCUGGAGUCCUGUGGCUGUUUUCCACAGUAAUAAAUCCUGCUGUAAACUUAGGACACUGUGUCCUAUUGAAAAUGAGAGCGGGGUCUUCUCUGAGGGUCCCGGUCACUGUUGACCUGUGGGAGCCCCUCUCCUGACCCUGCCGUGCUCCUCAGCUCGCCGGCACUUUGCUAACUGACUGGACGUGGUCGUGGGUGUUUAGGGUUAUGAAGGGUGAACCACAACGUACUGAAAGCCCUUGAUUUGGUUCAGAGGGUUCAUGCUAUACGUCUUGUCUCCCUUUCCCUUUGAGGUACUUAAAGGAUUAAAAGGAGAGGUGGUGAAAGUGGUGUCACGUUUUGGGAGAACCUUACUUUCCAAAUGGAAAUUGCACUUUUUGCUGAAGCCUUUGCUCUCUUUGGUAGUGUGAGGCCCUUAAAGGAGUGGGUUGGCCAGGCCAUGUUGGGCCCUCUUGACUCAACUUCGGAGGGGCCUUUGGCUCUGUAGGUCUGAAUCAGGGAGGCCAUGCCGUCCUGGGGUGUUGAGUGAAGCUGGGUUUGGGCAGAUUGCUUCCAAACCUUCACGCUAGUCUGCCCUUCAAUGCAUGCAGAUCUUGGAGAGUUCCCUAACUUCAUUUGGAGGCCCUGUUCAGGCAGCAGUUCUGUGGGCCACACCCUUCCCCACUCACAAACCACUGUGAUGGAUGCCUAGGUGUCAAAUCCCCGUAGAUGCUCUGCCCUGUCCUGCCACAUUGGCUGCCAUGGAGAAGUCGGAGGGAAGAACUCGGCUCUAAAAAUUCCUUUAAAAGAUUAAAACAACAAUAAUUAUAAACAUAUUGUAUAAAAACACACAAAAACAGAAACCCUCCUCUCCUCCAUUUGGUACAAGCUUGGGAAACGGGCAGCAGCCCCACGAGCCACUCUUGGACGUCAUUCCCACUCCCGGGAGGAAGGCUUGUGGUGGAGAGGUCUGGAUUCCAAAUGGGCAGGUCACAGGAAGGUCAUGAUACUUCUCUGCAUCCUGAAGAGGGCUGGGGACAGGGCCAGUGGGGUGGUGAGGGUAUUUAUAGCACAGUGAUUGAAAAGGGAAGAUUGAUGUGUAAAUAUAAAGGACACAUGGGCUGGGGGUUGGUCAUAGAAAAGAGAAGGUGUUUUUGAGCUCCUUUUCCAAACCCUCCAGGAACAAUAAAGUAGAAUGUGAGGAGUCCAGUGGAAUUGAGGGGAUGGUGUGAUCGCCAUUGCUUAAUAUUUGACAGUUGCUUACAGGAAAGCAGUCAGAUUAGUUGAAAAGACUAAAGAUUGGUGGUUAGUUAGUUUGAGGGAUAUGGCCCGCUGAUUUCUUCUCUCAAGAGCAAGGACCUUUUGCCUCCAAAGUCAAAUCUAGUGACGAUUGGCACCAGAAGGAAAUGACAUUUGGGGUCUGUUCACUGUGGCCAUGUAGUGACCUCCAGCUAGACUGUGGCAUCGUUGACUCCACUGGAUUUGGACUCCAUCAAGUCAGAGGCUCCUGGGGGAUGGGGGCCAGCCAUGCAGCUGACUCACGUUCGCUUUUCAUCUGGGAUGGAAAAGCCUGGUUUUCUGUUGAAAUGCUUGAUUGCGCUUAUUGAGCUAACACGUCUUGGUGACUGAUGCUGAUUUGCCUCGAAAGUUCUGAGUUUUCAGACUGUGUAGCAGCCGAGUGUUCCACAUACUGUAGCUGUUCCCCCUGGGGGCACAUACGGAUAGGACGUGUUGAUGUGGACUCUAAAACUGUAAUUUUCUUGUAACUAUUUUGGAAUGAUGCAUAUUUCUAAUGUUUGUUAUACUUGUACAGAGUAUUGCUGUCGGUUGCUUUUUUUGGUUUGUUUUUUAAGGAAAAAAUGGCCUGAAAAAAUUUUUUAAAAGGACUUACAAAUACCAAAUACAAAAAAUGUCAACACA